CCUGCACACACGCUCCGUAAGCAUUUGUUGCUCUUUAUGUUUUGUUGCCUCUGAUCAGCAGCUCUUCGCAUAUAGUGACGUUUUGACAAUGCCGAGUGUCAGUGUGAAGGACGUCAACCAGCAGGGCUUUACUGAGGCCUUUGCCGAAUUCUUGAAGAAAUCCGGCAAGGUCAAGGUACCAGACUGGGCAGAUCUUGUCAAGACGGCCAAAUUCAAGGAGCUUGCCCCCUAUGAUGAUGACUGGUACUACACUCGUGUGGCUGCCGUCGCCCGCCACAUCUACAUGCGCUCCCCUGUGGGUGUAGGAAGUGUGCAGAAGAUUUUUGGAGCCCGCCAAAGCCGAGGCACUGCCCCUUCACACUUCUGCAAGAGCUCUGGUGCUGUUGCCCGUAAGGCCCUGCAGACCCUGGAGAGCCUAAAGCUUGUUGAGAAAGCCCCUAAUGGCGGCCGCAGACUGACCUCCCAGGGCCAUCGUGAUCUUGAUCGUAUUGCUGCACAGAUGAAGGCCGCCUCCAAGGCCAAGGCAACCCCAGCUGUACUGACUACUCAGUAAAGAUUAUUAGUCUGUA